AUGUAUCUGCCCACUCUUGCAGCUUCGGCGUCUCUCCUCGUAGGCGUGGCGCAUGGCUAUGCGUCGCCCGGGGCGUGCUCGGGUGCGUGCAACAUUCACGACCCGGCUUUGAUCCGCCGUGAGUCUGAUGGCAAGUAUUUCCGCUUCUCAACCGGUAACAAGAUCUCUUAUGCGUCUGCUUCCUCCAUUGAGGGCCCAUGGACAGCGAUUGGGUCCGUCUUGCCGGGCGGUUCGUCGAUCGAUCUGGAUGGAAAUGACGAUCUCUGGGCUCCCGAUGUCCAGCUCGUCAAUGGCGUAUACUAUGUUCUCUAUUCAGUUUCGACCUUUGGGUCCCAGAAUUCCGCGAUUGGGCUCGCGACUUCUGACACGAUGGACCUCAACACCUGGACGGACCACGGCUCGACGGGCAUCCGGUCUGACUCCUCCAAGCCAUACAAUGCCAUUGAUGGCAACCUUUUCCAGGAUGAUAGCGGGACCUGGUACAUGAACUUUGGGUCGUUCUGGAAUGACAUCUACCAAGCACAGAUGAAAUCUCCUCCCACAGCCGUCGCAUCGUCCUCGUACCAGAUCGCAUACCAGCCGGCUGGCGAGCACGCGGUUGAGGGCGCGUACUUGUACAAGUACGGCAACUACUACUACCUCUUCUUCUCCGAGGGCAAAUGCUGCGGCUAUGACUCUUCUAGGCCGGCUACUGGGGAAGAAUACAAGAUCAAAGUGUGCCGUUCGACCACGGCCACUGGUAACUUUGUUGAUGCAAAUGGUGUUUCCUGCACUUCCGGCGGUGGAACAAUCGUCUUGGAAAGCCACGACAAUGUCUACGGACCUGGAGGACAGGGUGUCUUCACCGACCCGACGCUCGGCCCUGUGCUGUACUACCACUAUGUUGAUACCACUAUUGGCUACGCUGAUAGCCAGAAGCUCUUUGGAUGGAACGUUCUUGACUUCUCCAGCGGGUGGCCUGUUGUGUGUCCUAUGAUCCUGACUCAGCGUCCGCCAAGUAGACGAUCGUUCUCUAUCCCCUGGUUACAGCGCGGCCAGAAGAAAAGAGAAAAUAGGUUUGCUCGCUGCUCUGGCAGGGGCAACGGUGAUGUCACCGUUCUAAUGCUCUUUGCCCCGGCCACUCCGGCUUUAUUUGUUGACUAG